CACACUGAUACACUCACAUCCACACACACACACUCAGCCAGGACCCAACAACACAGGAGCUCAGCUUGACUGGAGCCGCUUUAAUACCCAGCCAGCAGCAGUAGCAGCAAUAACUGAAGGUUACACACACUCACCGCUCAGCCCGACUCAGCUAGCAGCUUUCAGUAUGGACGUCUUCAAGAAGGGAUUCUCCAUGGCCAAGGAAGGAGUGGUGGCAGCUGCCGAGAAGACCAAGGAAGGGGUUCAAGAGGCCGCUGCCAAAACCAAGGAGGGGGUCAUGUACGUUGGUACAAAGACGAAGGAGAAUGUGGUGUCCAGUGUAAACCAGGUUGCCCAGAAGACGACUGAGCAGGCUAACCUGGUGGGAGAUGCAGCAGUAACCGGAGCUAAUGAGAUAUCAGAGAAGACAGUGGAAGGUCUGGAGACUGUGGUAGCAUCUACCGGACUGGUCACUCUGGAUGAUCAACCCACCCCUGAGACUGAACCCACUCAGACUGGAGAAGCAGCAGAACCAAGUGCUGAUGCAGGACAGUAGGGCUGUUAUCUGUAGGACAGAGGCCUCCUGCUGGCUGUUCAAGAAAAGUUUUCAUGUUAACUGCUGACAGUUCCCUGUGGUUACUUUUUUUCUGACCCCUUCCUAUAGCACAGCUUUUUGGUGUCAUGUAAUAAACACUUCAUAAUUAAUGUAAUGGUUGAUUAAUAAUCAGAGAUACGGAUAAUGAUUAAGUACCAACUUAAGCGAAGUAUAUACACAUGCAGCACAAGCAGUUUUCCAUCCUUCUCCAGCCCCUCUCCAUUUGUCUUUAUUACCUGAGAAUUUUAUAAUCAUUGUAUCACGACAAGACACAAACUAGAACACCUCGCUGGUUCUGACUGCUUUUUUUGUGUAUCGUGGUGUGGUCGAGUCCUAUUAAAAAUUAAUGCUCAUUGAUCUACAAACAUAUAUAGUCUUACAAUUCUCUCCACAGGCUUUACUUUAACUGUUAUAAAUCUGUCCUGAACAUUUAUACACUACAUGAGCCUGCAUGUUGUUAUAACAUCAGCUUAUUUGCACUUUCAACCCAUGUGUCUUACUAACCAUGUGUAUGAAGGAAGAUAACAGCUAUUAAAACAUUUCCCUAAAAAGCAAAAAAGGGCAAAUGGUACUAAUAACCCAUGAAAGUGAGACCGAUUGAGUAUAAAUGGUAGAAACACGGAUAAUAACUGGCUCUGUUUACUGCCUAAGAACAAUUAACUCUACUGAGUCAGAUUAACAAUGACCACUAUUGUCUUAAGCAUUCUUUAUUGUCUUAAAAUGCAGUUUUGGACUGAACUGACUGAUCAUUUACUAAGCAGUCUGCUUUAGCAUUUAACACCAACUACUGAUCCUCUCCUAUACACCAACAGAGCUGAAAAUAGUACUGAGAAUAGAAAAGUUAUAUUGGUGAGGCCAUGCAUGAUUUGAACACAGUACACUAACUGAUCAAAAGUGCAAUUGUAACGCAGCGUCUGCAAUAUAUUUAAAACAAUUUUUUGUUAUUCUAAAGAAUACUGCACCUGACAAUAAAUGUUUUAUUAAAAACCAAAA